CUGAUCAUCAGUAUAGUUACUCUGCAAGAGGAAUUGACACUACUGUGUUCGUGUUCUAUUCACCUAAUAGUAAUAGCUCCAGGUCUUUCAUUUACACAGCUUUCUGUUUCUUGCUUGUCAUUUUGGAAUCAGGUGGGGAGGUGCAACAAGUUUGCUCAGGCAGGGGUCUCCCCCCGGUGACAGGUUUUAAAUAACAUUUAUUCUGAGAACUGGAAACGCGCGUGGGUUAUUCCACUGGGCAUUUUUACAACGCUGCGUGGACUUCCGUCUUUUCAUUUUCUUAUACAUAGUUGUAGUGAUGCGUAUUUCCUACGUGUAAAUGUCGUGUCUAGCAAUAUCAGUUAUUUAUCAGUUGGCCUGUUGAAAAAAGGGGUGUUUAACAUUCAGUAUUUUAAAUUUGGUUCUAUAAUAUUAUUGAACUAUAACAUGACGGCUGCAGGAUUUAAAGAAGGAGACACUAGACGUGCUGUGGAUAUGGAGAGUAAAACUGGCUCAGAUGGACAGCGCCGUUGCAGCAGGAGUUUCCUCAAUGUCCUGUCAUUUAUACUGUCUCUUCUGUGUGUAGCAUACUGUAUACUUCUCAGUGUAAGAACCUCAGAGUUCCAAGAUAGGGUUUUUGCGUUAGAAACUGGAAAAGGUGAGUUGUAUCACCACCGGACCCCCGCCUUUUCAGUGGAUCAGCUAAAUUAUAUGGUGCAAGAAAGAGUGGAUGAACUUCUGGCGCAGAGAUCAUACGAACAUUUGGCAAAAAUCAGGAUUGCACGGGAAGCGCCGCCUGAAUGCAGCUGUCCAGCAGGCCCUCCAGGAAAGCGAGGAAGAAGGGGCAAAAAUGGUGAAUCAGGACCACCUGGCCCUCCUGGUCCAAAAGGUGAUAAGGGGGAUCAAGGUGACCAAGGUCCACGGAUGGUCUUCCCUAAAAUCAAUCAUGGGUUUCUUUCUGCUGAUCAGCAGCUCAUAAAACGGCGUCUCAUUAAGGGGGAUCAAGGUCAGGCUGGUCCUCCUGGCCCUCCAGGGCCCCCAGGACCACCAGGCCCCCGUGGCCCUCCAGGAGACACAGGAAAGGAUGGACCCAGAGGUGUGCCAGGCCUGCCGGGAGAACCAGGAAACCCAGGGGAUGUAGGACCAAUGGGACCUGAGGGACCUCCGGGACAAAAGGGCUCUCUUGGAUCCCCUGGGAUUGCAGGUGCGGACGGCCACAAGGGGGAACCAGGUUUGCCAGGGAUAGAUGGAACACCUGGAGUCAAGGGUGAAAUAGGAGAAUGGGGUGAAAAGGGCGACACUGGGGAGCCUGGCCAGAAAGGGGACAUGGGCGCAAAGGGUGAAUCUGGCUCAUCUGCUGCUGGGAUAAAGGGUGAACCAGGAGAAACUGGGCGUUCAGCGCAAAAGGGUGAACCAGGUCUACCUGGGCUUCCUGGACUUCCUGGCAUAAAGGGCGAGCCAGGUUUUAUGGGUCCUCAGGGCGAGCCUGGGUUACCAGGGUUACCAGGAACAAAGGGAGAAAGGGGAGAAUCUGGCCCACCUGGGAUAGGGGAGCGAGGAGAAAGCGGUCCUCAUGGGCCAAAGGGGGUUCCUGGGGAGGCUGGAGCCACAGGCCCCAAGGGGUCAAAGGGUGAUUCUGGAGAGACUGGUAAAUUAGGAGCCAUGGGGCCCAGGGGUCCACCGGGGCAAAAGGGUGACCAAGGAGCCACAGAGAUAAUUGAUUAUAAUGGAAACAUCCAUGAAGCACUGCAGAGGAUUACCACUCUAACAGUCACGGGUCCCCCAGGACCACCAGGACUGCCAGGGCAGCAAGGAAUAAAGGGAGAGACAGGAGCCCAAGGGAAGCCUGGGCUGGAUGGUGAGCAGGGUCCCAAAGGCUCAAAAGGUGACAUGGGUAUCCCAGGCAUGUCAGGAGAGAAAGGAGAAAUAGGUCUACCUGGAUUGCCAGGCGCUAAUGGCAUGAAAGCAGAAAAGGGAGAUUCUGGUUUACCUGGUCCUCAAGGUCAAUCUCUUAUUGGUCCUCCUGGAGCGCCUGGCCCCCAUGGCUUACCAGGCCCAAUGGGACCUAAUGGUUUACCUGGACCCAAGGGUGAACCAGGGUUGCAUGGUGUUAAAGGAGUGAAGGGUGAGCCAGGGCAUAAGGGUGACAGAGGACCCCUUGGUCUCCCAGGAGCGUCUGGCUUAGAUGGCAAGCCAGGACCCAGGGGUAUGGAUGGUCCAGUAGGUCCUUCAGGCCCGGCUGGCCCAAAAGGUGACAGAGGUGAAAGGGGACCAGCUGGUGAACCUGGGCCAAGAGGACCAUAUGGAUUACCUGGCACAGAGGGGGCACCUGGCUUGGAUGGAUUACCAGGCCUGAAGGGAGAGAAAGGAGAUCCUGGUGAAAGGGGAGAAAAGGGGGAAAAGGGAAAGAAGGCCAAAAAAGGGCCUAAAGGGGAGAAAGGAGAACAGGGUGCUCCUGGAUUAGAUGCACCUUGCCCAUUGGGUCCAGAUGGACUACCAAUGCCUGGAUGCUGGCAGAAGUAAUGCGUCUAACCCAAAAGCAUGGAGUUUGUACAUAAUGCUUCAUUUUUUUUUUUGUAUUUAUAGUUUUGUAAAUGUAAAAUAUAAAUAUAUAAAUAUAAAUAAAAGAACAACGAACAAAUGUUUACAUGUAGCUGCUUCAACUCACCUACAGUAACAAAGUGUGUACCAUCGCAUCAGCAUUAUGACUUUGUAACUAAGAGGAAGAAACUGUAGGCUUGUGUCAAACACAGGGAUCAACCUUGUUUGCUUUUUGCAUGGACAGAAGCCGAGCAACAGUAAGAAAUUGUGCCCAAAAGGACUAAAAACCAUUGGAAUCUUUGGAAUGUACUGUACUUGAUGUCAUUGGAUAUUACUGGUGUUUGUGUUUGUGUUCAUCUCAAGUCUGUCAUCCAUUCAUGCUGUCAUACAAACUCUAAAGACUAAAAACAAAGAAACAAAAAAAAAAUCAGCAUGAAUAAUGUGCCAAAAAAUAAUAAAAAAAAGUUAUCGCUUGUGGUGUGCUAGAUUUAUGGCUUCAGACACUAACUGGCUGUUGGUUUAUUGCAGUUUUUUAAAACACAGAUCACUGAAAUUAUUUUCUUUUGUCAUCUUCCAAAGGGAGUCACACCAUGGCUGGUGGCUUGAAAAGAUAUAAUCCCAGAUUUUGUAAAAUCUUCAGCAAUUUAAACCUGCAGUUCUUCAACUCCAGUUGUGUGGGCCAUCUGCCCCCAUCUGCAUUUCUUCCUUUAUGCAUGCCUAGCAGUCAAGCAGAUGCAACAAGCAACAUUUGUUAUUUUGGCAAGGAUACAAAAUGGGUGCUGACCCUACAGUAUGGCUCAGCAAGGAUUGAUUUAGACUCAAGAGGAUUUGGAAGAGCAUCUGCAGUACUGAAGUGGAAGAAGAUCCGCAAUGGAUUCACAAUGCUUGAGUUUCACAGGUUUGGCCAUGGAUUGCAUGCAUCACAGACCAAAAGAAGGGUUUUGCUGUCACUUGUGAAGCAAAUGUUAGGUUGAAAGAAAUUGAAACGAGUAGUGUUUACCAGCUUCUAUGAGAAACAAAAGGGAUGGUCUUACUUUUGUCACUUGUGAAGCAAAUGUUAGGUUGAAAGAAAUUGAAACGAGUAGUGUUUACCAGCUUCUAUGAGAAACAAAAGGGAUGGUCUUACUGCCUUUUAGGAGUGAGGGUUGAACUGUUAAAAUGAAAAGGCCUUGAAGGAUUAUCACAGGAUUGCAGUGGUGCAUUUUUUUAUUCAUGAUGCAUAAUGGCCUCAAGGACGUGUAAGUCUUUUAUUUUGUUGGAAACAUACAGCAAACUUCACAAACAUUUCUGUUUGAGGAAUGGUGCUUUUUAUUGUAUAACAUGUUACAGUAUUAAACCAUCUAAAUUUACUGUAUUAUGUUCUUUAAAGACGCUCCGAUUUAAAAAAGAAAAAAUAUAUUGAUUAUUAAUCAUAUUAUUAUUUCAAGCUUUGACAGAAAAUGGUGGAGCUGCAAGGAACUCUAAAAGGAAGUGUAUAGCAGUGGCUACCAAGUAGUGGUGGUUACUGCAGCUUCAGCUCUCUUUACAAGAAGAUUGGACUGAAUGCACACUUAAGGACUAAAAGAAGCAGGUGCUGCUUGAAUCGAUUUAACAGCCAGCUACUCUGAGAUUUAGAACGAAUCAGCAGAAAUGUCAAAGUAUCAUAGGCUUAAUGACAGGUAUUAUUUUUUUUCUGUUUACACAUUUAUUAGCCUAUAUUUGCUUUCCUGAUUUCCCAUAUGGUAUGCAUUAGUCAGGCCUUCUUCAAUUGACCACUCAGUGCACCACAGAAAAGUGGUAUCUAUACAACAGAUAGGCUAGCUUUUUAUCCAGGUGAUUCAACAUAGAAAUUCACUAUAGACAAUAGAUUGACUGUAAUUACUGCAUCAUUUAAGUCAUGCUUGUAUUGCUUUAUUCCCAAACUAAUAAAUCGUAUUUAGUAAAUUAACAUUUAGAGAACAGGGUUAUGUUGUUCAGUGAUUGAGUAGAGCUAAGCUUACUCAAUGGCAGUGUUUUCAUUCCUAUCUCAUCUGAGUUAGUUGAGAGCUGUGCUAUCAUAGAUUGGAAAUGUAACUGGUCUAUAGUGUAUUUCAAAACGUGGGAAUAGAAAAACUGAGUGAUUAUUAGAUCCACGGAAAGGGAAAGGCAAUUGUCAUGGGCAGUGCACGCACAACACUUUCAACACAACUGUGCAUUUAAGUUGUGCCUUCGUAGUCACAUAUCUCUGGACUUUUGUGAACACUAGCGGUGACAGCACCCAUUUCUUAACACAACAGGAAACAGACAGAAAUUUUUAGUCAGUCAGUGAGCAUUCUAGAGUCAAAUCCAGGCAAAAAUUAAUGAACAGGCCUGUGUAUAAAUACACUAAAGAGAUUGAACAACAUUUACUGUUUAGCUUAAACAAUGCACUUCUCUAGAAGCCAUUUGGAAAGCUCGCUGCAGUCAGACAGGGCCCUUAAACCAGGGAAACAGAUACAGAUUAGUGUUGGUUUUUUUGGGGGUUUUUUUUGUUUUUUUUUAAUUACUGGUAUUUAUAUAUAUUUGGGGGUGUUGGGUCUUUUUUAAAUUUGCGAACCAUGUUGAUUAUUUUUUG